AUGGCUACCACUGAAGUCCCCAAGACCUGCAAGGUCGUCCUUGCAGAGAACAUCGCCAAGAACCUGCUCGCGGAGGUCAAGGACACUCUGCAGAAGAUCCAGACUGCUGGCGACGUCAAGCCGUGUCUGGCCGCCUUCCUGGCUAACGACGACCCUGCUGCUGUCAAGUAUGCAGAGUGGUCCAAGAAGACCUGCGAGGAGAACAGUGGCUUCGACUUCGAUCUGCGCAAGGUGGAGAAGGAUAUGCUCGAGGAGGCCAUCAUGGCGGCCAACGAGGACGACACGGUAGAUGGAAUCAUUGUCUACUACCCGAUUUUCCCCGGCAAUCCUACCCACGACAAGUACAUCCAGGAGACAGUCUCCCUGUCCAAGGACGUCGAGGGUCUCUGCCACAAGCACCUUUACAACAUGUACCACAACGUCCGUUUCCUCGACCCUCCUGCGAAUCUCAAGAAGUCGAUCCUCCCCUGCACUCCCCUAGCCGUCGUCAAGAUCCUCGAGUAUCUCCAGAUCUACAACUCCAUCAUCCCUUCCGGCAACCGCCUGUUCGGCAAGACGAUCACGGUGAUCAACCGGUCCGAGGUCAACGGGCGGCCGCUUGCUGCUCUCCUCGCCAACGACGGCGCUACGGUCUACUCUGUCGACCUGACUGGCGUGCAGCUCUUCACCCGUGGUCAGGGCAUCAAGCAACCCAGGCAUAAGGUGUUGGACAAGGAGGGCUGGACGCUGGAUCACUGCCUUCCUCUGAGCGAUGUCGUCAUCGGUGGUGUUCCUGCAGAAGGCUUCAAGGUUCCCAUCGAGCUGAUUCGUGAUGGUGCUGUCUGCAUCAACUUCUCCUCCUUCAGAAACUUUGACGGCCCGGCUGUCAAGGAGAAGGCCUCCAUAUAUGUGCCUUCGGUGGGCAAGGUCACCAUUGCCGUCCUUCUGCGUAACCUGGUACGGCUCAUCGCCAACCGACCACCACGGGCCGACGCUUCCAAGGAUGAUUCCCAGGCCAAGGCUAAGAGUGAGGCAUUCCUUGAAGGUUGA